AUGUUGUUCGACAAAGCUCGGCAGUUUUCAGAUGUAGAGGAAAGCGAGACAACUCGACGUGAGCAAGGCAAACCACUGUCAUGUAUUAUAUACUUUUUUGCCUCGCAGAUGUCCUACAAUCUGGAGUCUCCGGCGACGGGCUUGGAUACGAAAACCGAAAAUGGUCAUUCAAGCGAGAAAGUCCAUCGUCUGGACACUUUUCUAGCAGAAGUGCAGGAGCACGCCAAUAACAGCCCUUACGUUACUCGUUUCGAGACCAUUCCAGUCGAAAUGACCCCCCCAGGACGUCCCAAAGGAACGUCGCGGCAAGAAAUGCACGACACUUUGCUGCUGGCUAGCUUCAAAAAUAAAACGGCCUGGCGCAGAUGGAUUGAAACUCCAGAAUGGCAGCAAUUCAUGCAGAAAACGGAGAAGAAUGCAGUCUUCCGACGCAUUCCACAUGUCCGGUGUGCUCACAGUCUUAAGGGCUUAAGGAAUCCCUUUGAAGUGCUGAUGGCUUGA